AUGAAUGAAACGGGUCUUCGGAGGACCCUCCCUGACCAGUCAUCAGGGAGCGGGCACUCCUUUGGCACCCCACGCCACCCAAGCAUCAUCGAACCUAUCCUUUCAAAGCGAGUCUGCUUCUACAAAAGUGGAGAUCCUCAGUUCAGUGGCUUGCGGAUGGUCAUCAACAACCGUACUUUUAAAACAUUUGAUGCGCUCCUCGACAUUCUCUCUAAAAAGGUUCCGCUGCCGUUUGGGGUGAGGAACAUCACCACUCCUCGAGGGGUUCAUGCAAUCUAUACUUUGGAUGAACUGGAGGAUGGGAAAUCCUACAUCUGCUCUGACAGCCGUAAGGUAAAACCUAUCAACCUGGCACUGGCUAGGAAGAGGCUGCCACCCUGGUACCAUGCUAGGCCUGCUAGUUCCCGUCGUCAAACAGUACAGCAGGCCAGGUUUUUCCCUGGCCAGAACAUCCGCAAAACGGAGCGAGUGGGUGUGCACACACCAAAGAGACUACUGGUUUUUCGCAAUGGCAUCCCCACCGUAAAACACACUGCGGUGCUUCACAAAAGGACUACGCGUACUUUUGAGUCCAUCCUGGAAUAUAUUUCAGAACUUCUCCAGUUCCAUGUGGUGAAACUGCACACACCUGAUGGCAGACGUGUGGAUGGUCUUCCUGGCUUGAUAUUGUGCCCUGGUAUUGUUGUAGCCGCAGGAAGGGAGCCAUUCAGGCCUGCAAACUACAAUAUACAGAAAUUAUCUGCUCCAGCAAUGCUGCCAACUAAUCGAAUGAGUCUCAGAAGACUAAAGGCUUUUAACCGUAAGUUUACAUAA